AUGAGACCUCCGACUCAACCAGGCGAGGCCAUGGUCCAGUGCAAUGGCCACGACUGGGUACCGCGCUCUUCCGUACAAGAAACCGACUCCGGUCUUCUUCCAAUCCACCGCAAAUUCGGCUUCGUCAUUUAUCGGACAGCCUACGGCGGCAAACUAGACGAACUAUGGCAUAGAUACAUGCAUCAUCUCAAGACUGCUGUCGAGCAGACCUUUGUCGAAGACCUGCCCGCGUGGUUGAGGGAGAUAAACGACCUCGAAUGGACCGUCAUGGAGGAUCGAACUCGAUUGAGCAAACGCACCAAGGAUGAAGUGAGGAUGAUCUUCCACGAAUGGUGUGAGUCUGCUUCGGAUGAGCGCGACGGCGACGGCGCAUUCUGGGCUGCUCGGUUCGUGAUUCCCCGUUACAGCCACUGCCUUUACGUCGACGAACAGUGUUUGAAGUCUUUUGAGAGGUAUGAGAAUGAAGAGGUGAAAGGUUUGAGGCCGAACACGGUGUAUGUGUCGCUCAUUGCGCGCCCAAAUAGAGGGAAUGAUGAGGAUGAGGAGGACAACGACGAGGACGAAGACGAGGAAGACGAAGAUCGCUUCUGGAUGAAUCUUUCAUGCUACUACGUCGUUGAGAUGUACAACUUCAUGGGUUCCACGGGGAUCAUGCCCGACUGGCAAUACGCCUACAAGAGACCCCCAGGCGUGUGGGCAGGCUGGGGAACAUAA